AAAAAAAAAACUCCUCUGGUUCAAAUGCCAUGUCUAAAAAAAAAAUAAAUAAAAAGCAAUAAUCAUAAUUAAACCCCGCCUUCGUUUUUAAAAAGUUCCUCUUUUCUCUCUUCUUUCUCAUCUCAUCACUCUUCUUCCUUUUCUUCCUUUGCAUUUCCAGCAAUUUUUUUUUGUUGCAUUUCGAAAUGGCUUCCACAUUCCUGGACAAGGUCAACUUCAGCAUUGAUCAACCUUUCGGUAUCAAGCUCGAUCCUUAUUUCAAUCAAGCCUAUGAGUUCGUCACUGGAAAAUCUAUUGACUCGUUCGCCUUCCAAGAGGGUGUUACACCUUUCUCGACCUCAAAUGAAGUUAUUGUGUGGACUAUCACCUACCUUGUCGUCAUCUUUGGUGGCCGUGAGCUCAUGAGGAAUCAGGAGCCCUUCAAGCUCAAGCACCUUUUCAUUCUCCACAACUUUUUGUUGACGGUUGCCUCGGGUGCUUUGCUUCUCUUAUUCAUCGAGAACCUAGUCCCUAUGGUUGCCCGACAUGGCCUCUUCUAUGCUAUCUGUGACGAUGAUGCCUGGACUCAGCGUCUCGAGUUGUUGUACUAUCUUAACUAUCUGGUCAAGUACUGGGAGCUGGCUGAUACUGUCUUCCUUGUUCUCAAGAAGAAGCCACUUGAGUUCCUGCAUUAUUUCCACCACUCCAUGACUAUGGUCCUCUGCUUUGUCCAGCUCGGAGGGCGUACCUCUGUUUCUUGGGUUCCCAUUGUCCUCAACUUGACUGUCCAUGUCUUUAUGUACUACUAUUACAUGCGUUCCGCUGCUGGUGUUCGCAUCUGGUGGAAGCAAUACCUCACCACUCUCCAGAUCAUCCAAUUCGUCCUUGAUCUUGGGAUCAUCUACUACUGCGCCUAUACCUACUUUUCCUUCACCUACGCCCCCUACUUGCCCAACCAUGGCAAGUGUGCUGGUACCGAGGGUGCUGCCGUCUUUGGUUGUGCUCUCCUGUCCAGUUACCUCCUGCUCUUCAUCAACUUUUAUAUCCAGACCUACAAAUCCAAGGCCAAGGCAGUCAAGAAAAACGGAGCCACGAAUGGCAAAGUUGUCAGUAAUGGCAAUGUCAAGAAGACCAAGACCAAGCACAUCUAGAAGCAAGCAUCCAUAGCCCGUCUUUUUUUAUUUUUUUAUUUUUAUUUUGUUAUUAGUUUUUAACUUGCUCACUACAAGGACUAACGAGGAUUCAAGUGAACGAGAAAGAGGGAAUGUAUGAAUGGAUGUAUGUGGGAGUAUCUUGUACAAUGUUCGCCUUAAUCAUUGUAUCAUUACAUGAGGAUCAUAGAGCUAUCAGAAGUACGCACGAACUUGAAAACAAGAUCGACCCAACCAUCAUCACCUUCUUAUUCCUCUCCAUUUUUACUUUAUUUUUUUUUUUCAUCCUAUACUCGCAAAACAAUCUUCAUAUUUUACGGACCAUUACUAUCCCGUAAUACGACGCUUCAUGGUUAUACUUUAUCUUUGAUAGAAAGUCUCGCUCAUUUUCUCUAGCAUGAAAAUACUCCAA